AUGGCCCCCUGGGUAGCGGACUCGGGAAGUUCGUUGCCUAGCACAGAGGGGCCCGGGACGGAAAGCUCGUCUGGUGUUCGGCGAGCCUCACAUUCAGAGUCGGGGGACAGAUAUGUUUCCCUUCUCGGGGAGGGGCUGCGCAAGGCGCGGCCAGCCGUUGGUAGGGGCACGGACGAGUGUAACAGCGUACCCACCUACAGCGGAGAGGAGGAACACUCCGGGCUUAUUACACAAGAUGGUGCUCCUCUCGAGCAAAUGAAGCAGUUUAAAUACCUGGGUCACUGGGUGACUGAUGCGCUCACAGAUAACUUAGAGCUGGAUAGGGAGCGCAGGGCAUUGACGUUAUUCAGCAAAAGGCGAUGCGGUGUGAAGGAUAUAGACCGUUCUUUGACACGACAUCGUAGAUAUAUUCUCGUCCAAGGAUGGAAGAAGAAAACUAUAACUUACAGAAUAAUGAACGGAACAAUAAAUUUCGACAAGUUACACGUCCAGGAACGCAUGGCUAAGGCACUCGCGAUGUGGGCGCCGCACGGAAAUCUCGACUUCGUGAUGGUGGAUGACGGACCGGCCGAUAUUCGGGUGUCGUUUGUGAACCAGGAUCAUGGUGAUGGGUUUCCUUUUGACGGCCCUGGCCGGGUGGUGGCUCACGCGUUCCCCCCUCCGUAUGGAGCCAUGCACUUCGACAACGAAGAAAUCUGGGGAGACAACCCUGAAGGGGACGACGAUGACAUCACAGAUUUCUUCGCAGUCGCAGUGCACGAGAUUGGCCACGCGUUAGGACUGUCUCACUCUAACGUCACAGAGUCAGUCAUGUAUCCCUAUUAUCAGGUUCCUGUUGAAAAGCUGGGCAUUGACGACAUUUUAGGGAUGCAGGAAUUAUAUUGUACAAAUUUGUGUUAUGCAAAUAUGGAGUCAAGCGCCGAUGCGCAUCGCCGUGCGUUACUUCAGCGCAUCGAGGCGUUAGACGCCGACCACACUGUGAUCCGGGUGCACCAAUGCGAGUGUCGUCGCGCGUCGCCAGGCGUUGUAGUUGAAAAACACGACGCGACGCGACGCUUCGGAUGCGCGCGUGCGCGCCCGCCACCACCAUGA